AUGUCUUACAGCUCUCCUUAUCGCUUCUACGCGAGGCGUGUGAAGCUCCUCCUACGGUUGCGCCCGGGCAGACUGUUUUGGCUGCUCCUGGCAAUUCUGAAUAUCAAGUGUCUGCCCUUCGUAUGGCAUUAUCGAUUCUUCGCACCGGUCAUAGCAGCCGCGCUCCGUAAACCGAUAAAUCAGUCCAUGCUCCAUCGCCGAAAGGACGAAGUACCGUUGGUGUUUCUACCGAUAAUUACCAAGACAAAGGUCCCCAUACUGGAAGGAGACUUUAACCUCCACAAAUCAAACAGUACUUACUUUACAGAUCUCGACUCGAGUCGAUCGCUUCUCCUGUCAUUUCUUGUCUUCCAUGGAAUGUCCAAAACCCACAAGGAGCUUGCGACUGAAGGAAAGAAUGGUAUCAUGACUGCGAUGCUAGGAUCUACAUAUACACACUUCAAAAGAGAGAUACCAACGGGUUACCCCUACGAAGUCUGGUCUCGGAUCUUGACUUGGGAUCAGAAGUGGUUAUAUAUUGUGACACAUUUUGUUCAAAAGGGCAAAAUUAUUCCCAAGGCGUCAGUAACCGAAAUCAUUAAUGAUCGCAAACCCGACGCAAAGAACGUAAACGCUUCGAACAGGGCUUUCAAGGUGCCGAAAGCAUUGUCUCAGAGUGACGUCGAACACUCAAUCUUUGGGACGUCAAUAUCUAAGUGUGUAUUCAAGAAGGGACGCAUGACGGUUUCUCCAAAUCGCGUACUUGCUGCAUCGGGAUUGCUGUCCACUGCAAUCACAAAUAAAUCUGAAAUAGAUUUGACUGGGUCGCAAAAUAGCAUAGAUCCGAAAACAAAAGACUUGUUUUCGAGAGAAACGACGACUCAAUAUAGCAACAACGAGCUUGAUGAGCACAUCGAAGAGGAAAGAGUUAAAGGAAUGAAAUUUGCCUACCUUGUAUCGGAGUUAGAGGACCUGCAGGGACAUCUGCUUAAGGACCAAGAGCUUUCGGACGGUGUCAUUACGCUGGGGACCUUCAGCGAGCUAGGUCACAGUGUCUCUUUGUGA